CCAUAAUGAUGAUAAUGAGCUUUAAAACCUUGGUCCCACCAUUCUAUAUAUUCUACCUCACCAAAUAAUCCAUGAUGAGAUACUUCUCUACUACCACUGGACUUGACAGUGGCAGAAACUUGACCAAAGUAAGACACCACAAUCACUUAAGUCAGCGUGAGUGAAAGGAUGAUGCCAUGCCUGUGUGUUUCUUUAGAAACUGAAAAAUGAGAUUUUAGUGGUUGGCUUCCCAACGUACUUUCUGAUCACAUACUGACAAUUCUGGCACUUUCUUUUCUCUUUCGGCUUUGAUUGACAAAAGGGGUUUAUUCUUUGAUAUUGUUUUUAUUGGUAACAGAUUAAAUUGUGUGUUUUUGUCAACUCCUUGUAAAGAUUUAACGUUUUGGGAUUUCUGGUCGGUUCUUGUGGAUGUUUAUCUGGUGGAAAACUGUCAAGCUUCGUAGUGGGAAGCCAGUGUUUUGUGUCAGCAUGUUGGAGGGACAUGGAAGUGGACCACAAAAUUUAGAAAAACUUAUGGGACGGUAAAAAAGAGUGGUUGAGGCUAGAGAGGGACAGUUCUUUGAACUUUGUUCUUUCUUUCCGUACUUUCAGAUAAGCCAUACUCAAGUUUUCUUGUACACGGAAAAAAUCAAAAGAAAAGGAAACUUGGUAUUUACACGAGCAGGAAAAGUUUGGUUUGGUAGUACACUUUCAUGUGAGUCAUUGCUGGAAGUGGUUGGUUGUCAUGCCACAAACUUAGAGCAAAGGUUUCAAGUAUUCUUUAGGGCUUUCUAGUUUUGGAUUAAAAAAACAUGAAUAUGGAGCCAUUGAACCAGAAAUCUCUUGAGAGAGUGGUGUCACAGAAAGCUUUGCAAAUUGGUAGUUCAUUUCCAUGUCAAAUUUGUGUGGUGGGUUUUCUCAGUGGAGUUUGCCUCACCUCUUUGUUUUUGGCUCUUCUUACUUCUCUGGGGACUUUUGAGUUUGGUGGCAUUUCAUUCUCUGCCAUGUCUCAGGGAAAUUCUCCAUUGAAUUCUUCAAGUUCUGGGUUUAUCAAUACAGUUGCGAAUGCAGAUUGCAAAUUUAAAACAAACGAAGUUGUUACAGAGAGGUGGGUUGAUUCAAAGAGAAGUAAAGAUGGGACUGAUGAUGAGAGAGUUUCGUUAUUGCAUUCAGCUUGGAGUGCCUUGCUAUCCGAAGCAGAUGAUGGAAAGAGUGCUUUCUGGCACAGUGCUGGACUUGACAAAUCCUCCGUGCCAAAUGCCCCUCAUUUGGAGAACUGCAAAUUGAGUGAACAAACAAACGAACGUCUUGAUAGGCGCGCUGAAAAUGAGAGGUUACCUCCUUGGACAACUUGGAAGGGGUUAUUAGACACACACCCUGCAUCCAUGGCCAAUGAGCAGCUUAAGUACUUUAGGCACCAAGCAAUAUUUGAAGGUGCUUAUCCUCCCUGGAUUACCGGAUCGGAUGAAGAAAACUAUCCUCUUACUAGGGAAGUGCAGCGUGACAUAUGGCUCCAUCAGCAUCCCGAGAACUGCAGGGAUCCUAAUGUAAGAUUUCUGGUUGCUGACUGGGAGAGGUUACCUGGUUUUGGUAUUGGAGCCCAGCUAGCUGGAAUGUGCGGGCUUCUUGCGAUUGCAGUCAACGAGAAAAGAGUCCUUGUUACCAGCUACUACAAUAGAGCUGACCAUGAUGGUUGUAAAGGUUCUUACAACUCCAGUUGGUCAUGCUACUUCUUUCCAGAAACAUCCCAAGAAUGUCGAGAUCGUGCAUUUGAGCUAUUGGGUAAUAAAGAAGCAUUGGAAAGGGGAAUUAUAACUACAAAAGACAGUUAUAAAUCAAAAGAAAUAUGGACUGGAAGGACUCCAAGGGUAUGGGGAGAACCCUGGAGUUUUUUGCAACCAACAACAGAAAUAAAUGGGAGUUUGGUCGCUUUUCAUCGUAAAAUGGAUCGAAGAUGGUGGAGAGCACAGGCAAUACGAUACUUGAUGAGAUUCCAAACUCAGUAUAUGUGUGGCUUGAUGAAUAUUGCCCGAAAUGCUGCUUUUGGGAAGGAAGCCGCGAGGAUGGUUCUUACAAGUCUCCGAACAGAAUGGCCAAAGGAUUUUCAGAAGCACAGAUCAGAUAUUGAAGAAUUCGUAUGGUCCAGUCACAGACCAUGGAUUCCUAGGCCAUUGUUGAGCGUGCAUGUAAGAAUGGGAGACAAGGCAUGUGAAAUGAAGGUGGUUGAGUUUGAAGGUUACAUGCAUCUUGCUGACCGGAUCAGACAGCAUUUUCCUCACCUCAAGACUGUUUGGCUGUCAACUGAAAUGCAGGAAGUUGUCGACAAGUCAAAGCAAUACACGAAAUGGGAUUUCUACUACACGAAUGUAACACGACAAGUUGGGAACAUGACAAUGGCCACAUAUGAGGCAAGUCUGGGCAGGCAAACCAGCACAAACUAUCCCCUUGUUAAUUUCUUGAUGGCAACAGAGGCCGACUUUUUCGUCGGAGCAUUGGGUUCGACAUGGUGCUAUCUCAUAGAUGGUAUGAGGAACACUAGAGGGAAAGUAAUGGCUGGUUACCUGAGCGUUAACAAAGAUCGGUUCUGGUAGGAUAAUAUAUAUGCCCUAAGAAGAAGAUUUGUAAGUAAACAAUAGAGUGAUGGUCAGGGAUUUCUCAUCUGUAAAUUAGUUUUAAUUUUUGCACCAUAAUGUUCCACUUGUGCAUUCUCUGUAUAAAUAGUAAUAAAUUUGAUUCAA